AUGGAUAAAAGAAGUCCACGGACAAGAUUACAUAAACGACUAAUUGAAUAUCAAGCAUCGGCGAACAACCAUCCCAAUUCCAUGAAAUGGGUGUUGCUCCAGGUCGGAAUAUUUGACGAAGAGAUUCUCAAGCACGACAUUUCGACAAUAACAACCGCGUUCAAUAGUCCCAAUCAAUACAUCUUCCUGAAUGUCACUGUCAGAGAGGAUUUGGCUCAAUUAGUCGGAGAAGUGAUAGUGUCCAAUAGAAUUAUACCCAAUAGGAAUUACGUAGUUGGGGAUUUUGUCGCUCACACAUUCUUGGGUCAUGCAUACCAAGCCGCAAAUAAAGGCGUGGAAUGGGAUUUCGGUAUGCCGGCUGAUAUCUCCGAAUUCGAAACGAACAACCAAUUGCGUCUGUCCGGAAUUGUCUCCGCCCGUCCGCUCCCAAAAAUUCUUUAUCCUGGUUGUAGCAUGUUUUUUCAUCGACUUGGGAUCGAAGUAUCAUUUCAACACGACGCCAUCAUUUAUAAGCUAUUGAGACAUCACAGGCGUAUAUCGCUCAAGGACUGGAUUCGCAAUCGAAUACUCCAUCAAACGAAAUGA